AUGCAAGCCGAGGUGGAAGCCAGUAACUUGUGCCUGUCCGAGCCACCGCUGCUAUCUCUGAUCACGCCAAUUGAACUAGGUAAGACGAUUAACAGCGACCGCGCCAUAAGCAUUUCACUGCCGAAGAAACUCUACGAAUCGCUUCAGCCCUUUGACUUGGAGGUUGGAACAAUUCUUCAGAGCCAGCCGCCCCUACCUCCGCAGAACAUUGAUUGGUUGAUCAAGCCAGUUUCGAAAAGUGAACUUUCCGUCCUCCUGACAUAUCGCCCACCGCCAACAAACCCUGGCCUACUCAAAGCCUUCACAUUUGUACUCGGCGAAAAGGGAGCUGAGAGAGAGCGCGUCGCUGUAAGCGUCAGUGACGAGUUCACCCGUCAGCUGCAUGGCCAGGUUUCAGUCACGCCCGAGCAAGUGCGUCGGUCCCAGGUGGAUGACACCAUCUUCCUUAACGUCACGCUGAAAUCACCGCUGGCUCAGGGCAAACCCCUCCAACUGAGGGUAUUCACCAACGGAGAUGAGGAUGGCGCGGCUGUUUUCACGCUUAAGCCUCCGACUUUCGAUCCAAUGCAGUUUUGGGAAGCCAAAGUCAAAUCUGUGCAGAGCAACGCAAUAUCCUUUACAUGGACCACGCCAAUCUUCGGAAGCCAGACCUUGUCAGAGGUAAUCAUUAAGGCCAAGCCCACGGACAUUACGUUGCCGGAACGAACAACCCACAAGAGUGGUUACUACGGCGAUGUGGACGAAUUGCAA